UUCACUUCCUCCAUCUUGUACCAGUAUGGCUCUCUUCAGACGAAACCGCGGGCGGGCAAGUGGAGACCAAGACGUGGACAAUGGGCAACCCAAGAAAGAGAAGGGCAGUUGGCGCAAACCAGCGAAUACUGCCUUCAAGCAGCAACGACUCAAGGCCUGGCAGCCCAUUUUGACUCCAAAGACAGUCUUACCAUCGCUCCUCAUAAUUGGCCUCAUAUUCGCACCCAUUGGCGGCCUCCUCAUCUGGGGUAGCGGGCUGGUCACCGAGAUCACUCUGGACUACACAACAUGCGAGAACCAAACUGCCUCCACAUCAAAUACGAGUCUCAACCUCGUGACCAUGCCGCAUUUCAACUAUCGCUUGCGGUCAGGACAUCAGCAUGCACCGUUCGAUGCACCGCAGUUCGCCUUCGUCGACCUCACAAACGACUCGUCAGUCGAUGUCUCGCAGCAGCGUCAAUGCUUCAUUCAGUUCGACAUCCCCUAUGAGCUCCCCGCUACAGUCCUCCUGUACUACAAGAUGACAAACUUUUUCCAGAACCAUCGACGCUAUGUCAAGAGUAUCGACAUGAACCAGCUCAAGGGGGACUUUGUCAGUGUGAGCUCUCUGAAUUCAGGAACCUGCAAGCCUAUUACUUCAGACAACGGCAAGGCCGUCUACCCGUGUGGUCUCAUUGCGAACUCGGUUUUCAACGACACAUACAGCAACCUGACACUGCUAUCGAACCCCUCCACAACGUACCUCUGGUCAGAGAAGGGCAUUGCCUGGCCGGGAGAGGCGAAGAAGUACGCUUCCUCCCCUGGCUACAACAUCGACGAUAUCGUACCGCCACCGAAUUGGGCGCUCCGCUACCCGUCGUACUCUAACUCCACGCCGCCACCGAACCUGAAGCUAGACGAGCACUUCCAAAACUGGAUGCGCACGGCCGGUCUUUCGACGUUCACGAAGCUGUGGGGACGCAACGACGCCGCCAGCCUCGCACAGGGACGCUACCAGAUCGUCGCUUACCUGAACUACCCUGUCCAGUCCUACCACGGCACGAAGUCCGUCGUCAUCUCGACGGUGUCCUGGAUCGGCGGUAAGAACCCCUUCUUGGGCUGGGCGUACGUUGCGACAGCGGCCCUCUUCGUUGCGCUUGCCAUAGCUGGCACGAUCCGCCAUAUGAUCCGCCCAAGGAAAGCGGGUGAUAUGUCUCUGUUUUCGUGGAACCGGUAAUCUGUCAUCACGAGAGUUAUGGGUAUUUAUUGUCUUGUAUCUUAGUGCUAGUAUCGACAUGUCUCUCUCGUACGCGUUCUAUGCCUCUCUAGUAUCUACGUUUUACAUUACCGAUAAACGUCGCCUGUCUCGGGGACUCGUACAGGACGGCUGUUGUAAUAAUAUACACCAGAAGGAG